UAUUUAAGACACCUUGGAGCCCACGAGGAAAUUCACAGAUUGCGUGCGUGCGAAAUUUUUGGAAUUUCUGAAAGUCCCGACCGAGCGAGCGUGCGUGCGUGCAGAGUUUACGAUGGCCGAUCUGGAUGAUUUCUUUGCCAAAAAGGACAAAAAGAAGGGCAAGGCAAAGAAGUUCGUCACCGCCGAGGAAAUCGCCAAGCAACUAGAUGACACGUCGAAGAAAGCGGUGGAGAGCAAAAUGAAAAAGACGGAACCGGCGGACAACAAGCUGGCUCCGGAUGAGCAGGCCGAAGACGAGUGGAAGGUGUUCGAGGAACAGAAGAAGGAUUACAGUGGACUCAAACUCGCACAGCUAACGAUAGACGAGGAUGGAAAUCCUAGCAACGAUCACGACCAGGGUGAUGGCAACGAUGGGAAUUCGGAUGGCGAGGGAGGUGAAGGUGGCGAACGUGAUCCUGGCAAGCCGUGGAACAAAUUAGACGCAACGGCUGCCAGUCGCGCCAAAAUUCCUUCUGCAGACGAACCAGCAGCCCCUACUAGUAACGUUUACAUUAGUCCAGCCCUUAAAAGCCUCCGAGCUAAACAGAAGAAAGGUGCUCCGGAUUUGAAGAGUGAGGAGUACUUCCCAACUCUCGGCAUGGAAAAGGUGGAGACGCCAAAGUCGCAGAAGAAGGAUCCUACAUUCGAGGACGUCAAACACGGUGGACGGGUAAAAACGGUCGAACAAUCAUCCUCGGGGCAGGUCAGUAUCGGUAAUCGAUACACUUCGCUCAGCAACAACGCAAGCUAGAACCGUGUAGCCGUAACCGUGACCGAGCUUGACGACUUGGUUUGAUGGGCCUCAUUUAUACCCCGUACAACCCAUCCCUCAACUCUGCCCAUGCCAACCGUAGCUUUCGUUUUGUUACUUUCAACCGCCGUUCUCUUCGUAUCCUCUGGCUGAUCAUUUGAUCAAUUUGGAUUUGGGCCGCAGAUUAGAUUUCCCCUCUUCAAUCAACGUAUGCUGCCGAGGGGUUCAUGCUCCCGGGGUUUAUUUGUUUUCACUAAGCGUCUACUGCCGUUGA